UGCCAUGACUGACGUAAUUGCAGCAAACUACGGGAGCCACAACGUGUCCGGCUUCAUAUCUCCGCUUGCAGCUCCUCCCCACCUGCACGCGGCUACUCUCGCCGAUCGGUUGCAUCCAGCCGCAGUCGAUGUCGAACACACCUCUAUACUUGUUUUUAACUGUUCAGCCUGUUUUGGGCGGGACCGACAGAGAGUGAAAGAGGAAGAGAAGAGGACAAUGUGCUGUUGUUUUUCAGACGCCGCCAUUUUAGCUCACUUUAAAGUUUAAACAAUACACAACUUGUUUGGAUCGAUGGUUCUGUGCAUGUUAAAUGUAGUUAAAUCUUUUAAUGUUACUGUGAAGCACAGUUUCUCUGUUCAAGCAGGACCUGUGGAGGUUGAACUUCUCAAGUUUUGUUGGAGUACUUUAUUACGACACAGAGCACUCAAGAGCUCAGACAAAGACUGCAAGCAGCAGUGUCAUAAUUUAUUCACCCCCACUGGCAAACCAGCAUGGAUGAACCUCUCACUAUGGCAUCAUGUCACAAUGCCACACUUAUAAAUCCAGGUCCUCCAGCACUUCGUCAACUGAAAACUGAAAGAAAAUAUAUUGAUGGGAAUAAUAAAAAGGUCAGACAGUGGAUAUAUGGACGAACAGACCGAAACAAACAGAAUAAAGUCAUACUGUUGGUGGGAGAAACUGGUGCUGGGAAAACAACCAUGAUCAACACCAUGAUCAACUACAUACUGGGAGUGAAGUUUGAUGAUCAAGAGUUUUAUCAAAUCACUGAAGAAGAAGAAGAAAAUAUAGAUGAAUCACAAUCCCAGGCACAUCAGAUGACUGUUUAUGAGGUGUUUGUUGAAGAAAACCCAAUAUCUCUGACCAUCAUUGACACUCCAGGAUACGGACACACAGAAGGAUACGAGAAAGACAGAGAGAUUUCUGAGUAUCUGAUGAGAUUAUUCUCAGAUGAGGAUGGGAUUCAUGAUAUUGAUGCAGUGUGUUUUGUGAUGAAGGCGUCUCAGAAUCGACUCUCUGACAAAGAGCUUUACAUCUUCCACUCAGUUCUGUCUCUGUUUGGUAAAGAUAUAGAGGAGAACAUAAUGUUUCUACUCACAUAUUCAGAUGGAGGACCUCCAACAGAUGCUCUUAAUGCCAUUAAAACAGCAGAAAUACCCUGCAGAAGAGAUGAGAGAAAAAGACCUGUUCACUUCUUAUUCAACAACCAGCAGAAACAGCAUGGAGCCGAGCAGUAUGAAGAUGCAUUCAGAACAUCAUGGGAAAUGGGAGAAAAAAGCAUGAAUCGGUUCUUCACACUCCUGGAUGAAAAGAACAGAAAAAGUGUUCAGAUGACGUUAGAUGUUCUGAAAGAGAGACGUCGACUUGAGGCCUGUGUCAACAAUCUGGUGGAACGAAUCUCUGAUAAAGAGUCAAAAACUGAAGAACUUAAUCAGAUUCAAGAAGCCCUCGGACAGAAUAGAGACAAGAUCGGGAGAUGUGAAAACUUUGAGUUUACAGUCAAAAGAUAUUUCAAAGAAAAAGUCCUCAUUGAAAAUGAAUGGUGGUGGAACAGAAAUGCAACCUGCUGCUCUGUCUGUCAGGAAAACUGUCACGAAUGGGGCUGCUGGUGGGCCGGAGAUCCUUCAAAGUGCUGGGUCAUGAAAAAUGAACGCUGCACUGUGUGUACAAACAAGUGUCAUUACAGCAAACACGUCAAAGAGAACAAAAAAUAUGUGAGGAAGAAAAAGGCGACCACUUUGACAUUUGUUAACAUGAAACGGGAGUAUGAACACACUGGUGAAACCAGCUUUCAAAAAGACAUUUUUGAAAACAUUACAAAGGAACAUAAAAGACACAUGACAGAGUCUCAGAAUAAUAUAAAAAAGGAAGAAAAAGUGAAGAGCGAACUUCAGAAGUUUAAAAAUGAAAAGUCCAAACCGCUUCAUGAAGCUUAUGUGACAGUCAUGAGUCUCUCUAAGAUCACAUUAAAAUCAGACAGCGCUUUCACUCUUCAGCAUCUGGAUUUCUUGAUUCCCAGACUGAAGGAGGAGGGAAAAGAUGAAUGGAUAAAGAACCUGGAGGAUCUGAGGAAAGCUGGAGAAGAGAGGAAGAACAAAGGGGCUUUACUUCACGUCAUGAAAUUAGGAGCGGCAUCACCCACUCAUCACAGCCAGCGCAAGAGCUUGGAUGAACCUUCCGAAAUAAUAGCCAGAGACAUUCGUCUCAGAGAUGAAUUUCUUGAGCUCUAUGAGAGAGAUCACCUUGAACUCCAACAGUGCACAGAGAGACUGCACUGUAUUAUCGAAAAAUUUGAAGAAGAUUACAGACAUUCUUCUGAAGCCUCCAGAGAUGCAGGAUGGCUGUUAAUCAGUGGAGGUGCUGCUCUGUUUGCAGGAAUAGUUGCAGCUCCAUUUACUCUAGGAACUUCUCUUCUUGCUGCUACUGCUUAUGUUGUUGUCAAAAGAAUCCUGGCGCUAAGAGCUGCUAGAUUUUCCAGUGGAAUAAGCAGCUCUAAUGAAAUGCGAAAGAUAAAACAAUUAAGACAAGACAUUGAAGCUGAACUGAAAGAAUUUCAGGAUAAAGUCAAGCCCAUGAUUGAAAAGAUUAACAAAAUUAAGCAUGCUGAGAAUGUCAUACAGAUAGAAGACGUUAUUGAAUUGACUACGCAGAUGUCUUCAAAUAUGCAUUUAGCUGCAUCACUAGCAGCAGAUGUUGGCAAAUUUAACUUUGUGCUUGCUAUGAUCUCAGUUUUCAAAAAUACCAAUGUGCUCAAAGACAUGAACAAACUAGCAGAAACACCCAUAGAUAUAGAACCAGACGAAAGUGGGAUGACAUCAAAGGCUGGAAAAUUCAUUGUUGAAAUGAAGAAAUUAAUUCAUCAGCUACAGAACAUAACCAUUAAACUUCAGAAAGCAAAAGACAAAAUAGAAAUGUAUUAGCAUAUAAUGUGAAAAAAAAAGAAAUGGCACAACUGUGACACAAGUUAAUACUUGAUUCAGUUAAUAACAGCUAGUUAACAACUAGUGACCAAUAUCUCUCUAUGAUAGGGUGACCAAAUGUGCCAUUUUCCCAGGACACGUCCUGAGCAAGGAUUUCUUUAUUGCCUAAAAUAUCCAGGUUUUGGCUUUGUUUGUGCUGCGCAGACCAAUUGUUGAAUGAAAAGUACUGUGAUGUUGGCACUUUGAUGUCAUACACUAAUCGGUAUGCUCAGUGCUGCUUCAAGUCGAACACUGAUAUGUACACGUAUUUGCAUCGCUUUGACCUUUCUCUGUAGAUCCCACCUGUUCACGCACCAUGAUUGGUCGAUUUUACAUAAAAUGUCUGCAUGUUAUUGGUCAAACGAUCAUUACCUUCAUUAAGUUUGAAAACAGGAAACCAAAGCCAAAACCUGGAUAUUUUAGGCAAUAUAAAAGCUUUAUUUUUACUUCAACAAUCAACAAUUUGAGAACAGAAUAGAGUAAGUUUUAGUUCACAUUUUUCUAAAAAAAGCAAAAAAAAAAAGCUUGUAACCUGAAGGCACCUUAAAAUAUAAUGGGCAUUGAGCAGAACUAUGAAAAACAGGUAGACAUGAUGCAACAGCCAAAGAUAGGGGAAACCUGGGAACAUAUUCUCAAAACAUCUUAAAUGGAUAGUUAAAAUUAAAAUUACCCCAUAAUUUACUCACCCUCAAGCCAUCUUCGGUAUAUAUGCCUUUUUUAUUUCAGACAAACACAAUCAGA